AUGCCUUUUCGUGCAGUCCUGGACCAGGCUCAAGCCUUCGUAAAUGCGGAGUUGUACUUGCCUGGCGAGGAAGCAAGAAGAUGUGCCAAAAAGGACAUUCGGCGGUGGUUUCGAGAUGCCGCCCACUCGUUGGAGAAACACCCGGAUCUCCACAUCAUGUCCUGCGAGAAGGUCUUGCAGUGCAUCGCCUCCGCUGUGCUGCAAAAAGUGUCGCAAUACGGGUGGUUUGACUCGGUCGACUGGUCGGUGGUGUUGGCGGCCUUUGUGGCCGACAACACAAAACUGGGCAGCCAGGAGGAGCUGCUUCCAGUGGCGCUCGAGGUGGUUGAAAGAUGGUGCAGAAAAAGACACAAGGAGUCGCGGGCAGCAAAGCAAUCUGUCCCUCCAGGUCAGACAUCAGAAACGUGUGCGGCCGGCAAGGAGAUCCUUGCUAAGUUGCAGGGCAAGCAGACGAACAAGAUGUCGAGCGAAAGGAGAACCUCGCGGAAAGACCGUGGCUACAAGGCUGCAGAGGUCGACUUGCGAGAGAUCGACACCGAUUUCAACUACCUCUGGAAGGCUGCAGAGGCCGACUUGCGAGAGAUCGACACGGACCUCGGCUACCUCGCCGAGGAUGAGCCGCUGGGCGUUUCUUUGCGACAGGGGCUUCUCCAGAUAGAAGCCACGACUUCGGGGACCAAGUCCCACGAGGUGCUGAAGCCGGGAGACGCGAUCAGAUCGGUCAACGGAGUUACUUUGGCAUCUCAGCAGGACUUUUGGCGUGAAGUGGACAGGGCGCGACCUGGACAGCUCCGCAUUUGCGUUCUGCCCAAAUCCGCUUCGCGAUCGCUGGGACAACCUCCCCCACCCCCGCCACCGAAAAUCAGCGAGCCGCUGGAAAUCCCGGCGGAGGGCCAAGAUACAGCGCAAAUCCCGGUGAGGGACGUGCGGCGUUCGCCCAACAGCGCUGGCAGCAUGAUCGUGCUGAACUGUGAGGACAUCGGCAGCAGUGCGAGCAAGGGCGGCAUGUUCCGACCCAAAGGAUCCUCGUACCCUUGGGAUGCUGUGAGAUGCGCCAUCAAGUUUUACGAGAAGCUGGGCUUCAUGACCCAGCCUGUUUGCCACCAGGCAACGCUGGCCCGGCAUUCACCGCCGGCCGAGUUGAGGAAGAAGCUCGUGCAGUGCCCUGUCGUGGAUGACGAUGGGAGACAAGAAGGUCGUGGAUCCGAACGUAUCUUUGUUGUUACGCUGGCCAAGACCUACGAGUGCCCUUUCGUUGACAACAGCAACUACCGCGAGCAGGCGUGGUCUGGCCACGACCUCUGGCCCUGGUUGCAGAAGGAAGGCCUCGCUCUCAAGGUGGAAUACAUCUUCGAUGGUUUCGGGGAGUUCUUGCCAUCCAGGGAGGUGACUCCGGAACGCACGCAAGCGCCGACGUCCACGGUCAGUGGUAGGCUGAGGAUACCUUGGUCUGAAUACGGUGGCCGCUGA